AUGGCAAUACUCAAGUUGUCGUUCUUUUCCAAACAGCCAGAAUCAAAACCUUGGAGUUAUCUCGAAGAACAUAAUGAAAACAUAUCCGAAUAUUUAUACAAAAGAGAACUAGGAAUUUCUAGAUCAAGAUAUCCUAUGAAUUACUCCAGUUAUAAAUCCGAUAAAAUACCGCAGUUAAUGAGAGAAAAAGAGAUUAGUUUGGAAAAUCAUGAUAAAAUCUUUUCAUCACACUGGAUAUCACAUAAUGAAGUUGUUGUAGGAUCAAAAUUUAACGAACAAAAUAGGGAACCGCCACUAGAAAUUCGAAACUGUUCGGGAAUACGUAGUAUCGCAGUGAAUCCUUCAAGGACACUUUUAGCCGUAGGAGCAGGAAAGCCUGUCCAAGUAACAGUUUAUGAGUUACCGUCAUUUGAACCUGUUGCCGUAUUUUCAGGUCACAGUGAUCUUGUUUUUUCAGUCGCAUGGCUUGACGAUGAUCAUUUGGUUUCAGGAUCACGUGACGGUACUAUCCGGCUUUGGUCUAUUGAAUCGAAGAUUAUUUCUGAAAUGCCUUUGUUACCAAAUAAAUAUAUUAAUGUUCAUCAACCUUUACUCACUCGAUCGGAAUUUAGCGGUAGGGUGCGGGAUUUGCAAUUCAAUCCUAGAACUGAGCAAAUCAUGACUCUUUCAACUGAAGGAUAUGUGAGGUUAUGGGAUUCAUCGUAUCUCAAUGAAUUGGCACAUACCCAUGAAAACGUUUGCCUAGCAAUGAAUUCUAAAGCGAAUUUAUUUGCUAUAGGAUCUCAAGCGCAUAUAACAAUUGUUGACCCCCGGACAUCAUCAAUAGCCCAUGAGGUUGGUUCGGUUGAUGAAGGAUGUGGUGUAAGAUCAUUAUCUUUUAAUGAUCAUAUUAUAACAACUGGUGGAGGCUAUGGACGGUUAUCCUUUUAUGAUUUGCGUGCGCAAGAAUAUUUGGAUUUCCUUCCGCAAUCUAACUCUAAAAAAUCUUUAACACUUAAUUAUAAAGAAACCGGAAGCGGUUGGCUGAAUCGAGAUGCAGUUUAUAUGAAUCACUUUGCCGGUUAUUCCAUACAAAAUGCAAUUUACGCGCUUUCAUAUGAUGAAUCAGGCACUAAAUUAUUUACUGGAGGUGGUCCAUUACAACUUGAUUUAAAAGGGUCUUAUGCAGCAAUAUGGUCAUAA